UUUUCUUCUCUUCUGUUUCAUUUGUUGGGCAUCUUAAAUUUGAUACUGCUUUUUGUUUGUUGAAAGCAAAUUUUCCUGCUUUUUUUUUUGGGGUGCCUAAAAUCAAUUUCAGUCAAGUGGGAAAACUUUUUGGUUUUGUUUUUAAAGCUAUCAGUUUGCAAAUUGCAAUUUUCUCUGGUUUUUUACUUUACAAUUGAGAUUUUUGUGCUUUAUGAACCGUUUUGCGAUAUUAAAUAUCUGGGUAGGACUAAUUUUGUUUUUGCUUGGAUGUAUAUGUAAUGUGUUUUUAGAUUUUGAAUUUUUGUUGUUGGAGUUUAGUGAACUCUAUGUUUUGUGGGACUAGUUGAUGCUCUGUAAUUACUCAAAUUUUACUUGUUAACACUUCCUUAAUUGUCAACUUGUUGAUGAUUUGAAUAUGUGGGAUGAAAGGGUGUUAUGCUGCUAAAAGAAACAUAGAUGUGAUGGUGGAACUUAGAAUUGUGAACUGAAUGGGGAAAAAUGUCCACUAUAAUACCUCUAUUGGCCCAAGUGGUCAAUGAAGGCCAAUGUAGAUAGCAAAGGACUUAGAGGGAACGGGUUCAAACAAUGGUGGCCACCUACCUAGGAUUUAAUAUCCUAUGAGUUUCCUUGUCAACCAAAUGUAGUAGGGUCAGGCGGUUGGCCCGUGAAUAGUCGAGGAGUUUCACGAUGGUAAUCUCUUUUCGAUUAACGAUAAAUUUGAAUGGCUGCAAGGCUCGUGCCGUUCACUCUUACGAAGAAAUUUCUCAAAGGGGUUAAACCAAAUUCAUGCUUUUCUCCGAUUAUUAGUGGUAACCAUGUCGAGACUUUCCUGGAAAACAAUCAGAACAGUCCAAGGUCAUGUGAAUUUGAACAAAGUACACAAUUCUUGAGCGAUAAGUCUUUCUCAAACAAGUCAGUCAAAGGUUUGGAUAAUGACAAGAACUUGAACUCAGAGGUAGCAAUUUUCAAAUGUUUGGCUAUCCAGAAGGGAUUUUUCCACACUUUCCAAACAUAUUAUGAGACCAUUCUCAAGCUGGGUCUGGAUGGAAACAUUGAGGAAAUGGAGAGGACUUGUCAAGAUCUUGCGAAAGAUGGGUGUUCAGGUGUUGAAGAAGUUCUUGUCACUUUGGUUAAUGCCUUUGUUAGACAUGGUAGAAUCAGAGAGGCUAUUCGGGUACUUCCUCAUGUAAACUUGGUUGGUCUAAAUCCUUCGAUAGAGACAUUUAAUGUUGUAUUAGCUGUUUUCAUUGAGGAGAGUAGAAAUAUUCAAGAGGUGUUAUUUGUUUACAAAGAGAUGGUGAAAGCUGACAUUGUACCAAAUGUUGACACAUUGAAUUUUCUGUUAGCCGCAUUGUUUCAUGCUGGUAAAAUCAAGGCAGCCAUGAAUCAGUUUAGGAGAAUGGGCCGGAAAGGAUGCAGUCCUAACAGUAAAACCUUUGAGCUUCUCAUAAAAGGUUUAAUUACAAAAAAUCUAGUGGAUGAAGCUGCUUAUGUUUUGGGUACAAUGUACAAAGUUGGUUGUGAACUUGAUUUGAGCUUUUAUUCAUGUGCAAUAUCUUUAUUUUGUAAGGAAGAUAGAAUAGAUGUUGGAAGUUGGUUGUUUAGAAUGAUGACGGCUUCCAAUAUUGUACCAAAUACCUUGAUAUAUAGUACUCUAAUACAAAGUUUCUGCAAAAAUCUUUCAUUAGAUGAGGCAUUAUUCCUGCUAGAGGAGAUGAUUGAAAGUGGUUUGACGCCUGGAGAUGAUGUGUUUGUAAGUAUUAUAAAACUUUUAUUUGAGCUUGGGAAAACAGACGAGGCUAUAAAGUUUGUGGAAGAUAGAUGUGUUUUUGACACUUCUCCUCACAAUGCUUUGCUUGAAGGUUGCUGCAACGCUGAAAACAUCAUAUUAGCCAACUGUAUCCUAGAGAAAAUGUCUAUGAUGAAUAUUGACGAUUGCAAAUCUUGGAAUAUAGUUAUUGGAUGGUUGUGCAACAAUGCAAGAAUUGUGAAAGCUUUUGAAUUCCUUGGUAAAAUGGUCGUCUCAUCAUUUAUUCCAAACGAAGACACAUACGCAGCUCUUAUAGUCGGAAACUGUAAAUCCAUGAAGUAUGAGGCUGCAUUACAGUUAGUGAAUGAGGUACAUGCUAGAUGUUGGAUUCUUAAUGAUCGAUGUUACUCUGAGCUUAUAGAAUGCCUUUGCCAAGCCAAAAGGACUCUUGAGGCUGCAGAGGUUUUUUGCUACAUGUCUAAAAAUAGAUACUCUCUUCAUCCUUCUUUAUUUGAUACAUUGAUUAAGGGAAUAUGUGACAUGGGACACAUCGGGGACGCAUUAGCGCUGCUACAGCUGGCAUGCUAUGCUGGUACUUCUUGUAAAACUGCCACAUAUGCUUCUAUAAUGCAGGAGUUGUCUAGAUUGAACAAGGCAGAGAUUGCCUUAGUAGUCUUAUCCCAGAUGCUGGUGUUGGGUUGUAGCCUUAAUUUGGAGACAUAUUGCAUUCUCAUACAUAGUUUUAGUGCCAUGAAUCAAGUAAAGGACUCUAUAUUCCUUUUCAACCGUAUGUUUGAUGAGGGUCUUCUACCCGAUUCAGAAAAACUUUAUAACUUAUUGCUAUGUAUAGCUGACCAUUCUCAGCUGCACAUGAUUUCAAAUACAAUUUAUAAACUGAUUACACAUACCGACCUUGUAAAUACCGCAAGUUACAACUUACUUAUCAAUGGGCUAUGGAAAGAGGAUAGGAAGUAUGAAGCGUGUCAGUUGCUGGAUUCAAUGUUGGAAAACGGGUGGGUACCGGAUGCGAUGACUCAUGGAUUGCUGAUUGGCUCUCUAGCUAAAGAGGAGAUUGGAGAUAGAGUUUUAAUGAAUGAGAACUCUACCAUUGAAGAUAAUAUAAGCAGCAUACUUGUGGAGGGCCUAGGGAAUACGUGACAACCAUCCUCCAUGGCAUGCCAUUUGAUUCAUCAAGGGUUUUCUUAUAAAGUUGAAUUCUGCUCUCUUUGAUUGUUCGACAGUUGAAGAUUUUUCUCAAAUUUCUCCUGACACUCAUUCUCUUAUAAAUGAGAUAUGUCAAAUGAGGAAAUGAGAAACAGGUAAGGGGAGAGUUAUGAAGGCAAAGUAACUGCGAUCUCAUAGUGCUGAAUCCUCUCUCUGAAAGCAGCAACAGCAGGAACAGUUUUGAAUUAAAAGGAGCUAAGCAGCGAAAGAAGUUACAGUGAUAGUUGAAGUUAUAUUCAUUGAAUGAAGGAAGUCAAGGUGCCUGUUUGUUACCACCACACAUCAGAUCUGCAAGAUUGGAGGGAAAUUCAAGAAGCUAUACAUACUUCUCCCAUUUCACUUUACAUCAUUUGGUACUGCCUCGUGGUUGUCGUCUCAUCUCGAGAUUGUUCAGACUAAGGGAGAUAGUGUUGUUUCGGAGGCAAUGAAGACAUCCUAAGUUAUAGGAAGUGUUUUGUUUCGGAAGAAAUAAUCAUGAUGUACAAAUAUAAAAGAACAGAGCUGGAGAUUCACAAAUGGCACGAGAAAAGAAAGUGGAGAAGCUUUUGUAUGACCAUUAUUACCAGAGGAAAACUUGCAUGAGAAGACAUUUUAUACUUUAUUUUGUAAAGAAUGUUCUGAGGAAAAUUGGACCAUCUCUAGUUGAAGAAAGCACAGAUUUUAUGAAUCAAUAGGGGCGAGGACCCGUCCUUGGAAAGUGUGGUUCUAAAGGAAUAGUAUAAUUUUUUAAGAUAAAAACAGUUGGGAGAUUGCCAGUUUGUGACCUCUAUUUGGCAUUCCCUUUCAGUUUCAUUUUGAAUUUAAAGAUUUUCUUUUUCUUUGAAGUUAAUGUCAAUUGAGUAUGCUUUUUUAA